CUAUCGAUCAUAGUAAUGGCUUUUUCUUCUUCUUCUUCUUCUCUUUCGAUUCCUUUAUCUUCUUCGUCUCAAAACUGGGAGUACGAUGUCUUUCCCAGCUUCCACGGGAAAGAUGUACGCAAAACCUUUCUCAGCCACCAACUGAAGGAGUUCGGAAGAAAAGCAAUCAACUUUUUUGUUGAUAACGAGAUCAAGAGAGGAGAAUUCAUCGGUCCUGAACUCAAACGGGCAAUCAAAGGAUCUAAGAUUGCUGUUGUCUUGCUCUCCAAGAAUUACGCUUCUUCUUCGUGGUGUCUUGACGAAUUGGUGGAGAUCAUGAAGAAAGAGUCGGGUCAAACGGUGAUUACCAUUUUCUAUGAAGUAGAUCCAACUGAUGUGAAGAAGCAGAAGGGAGACUUUGGGAAGGUCUUCAAAAAAACUUGCAAAGGUAAAGGCAAGGAGAAGGUUCAGACAUGGAAGAAAGCUUUGGAGGGUGUGGCCACAAUCGCGGGUUACCAUUCAAGCAACUGGUUCGUUUUCUUGAUUUAAAUUCACUUGAUUUUAAUAUUUCUAACACAUCAAACUAUAUUUGUAGCAUUCAUAGUGAUUAGUUAUUAACAAGAUGUAUGUAUAAAGUGAUCUUCCUCUUUGUUAGGGUUGAUGAAUCAACCAUGAUUGAAAACAUCGCUGCUGAAAUUUCGAACAAGCUCAAUCAUUUGAC